GAUACAGGGCUCGUCACAGCCUCUCCCAGACUGCUUUAUGUCUGGCAGUAGAGACCAUGCGCGGACGCCAUAUUACCGAGCACCCCUCCCCUUCAGCCCCGUCACAGCACAGAGCCACAGAGGCGGUGCAGGAGACUACAGACUGAACAACGCUGGGGAGGACCAGUGAUACAGCAAAACCAAGACCAAAACGAGGAUUCAUUGGAAUGGAUUAAACCUUUUGUGCGCAGCUAUACAAUCCGUAUUCGGUUUUACAUCUCUGGACACUGGAUAUAAGGUUGCUUGUUUUCAUUUAUUUUCCUUUUAGCAAAUCUAGCAGUUAAAAACGACUCACCAUACAUAGUCUGUGUUUAGUUAGCCGGUGAUGGAGACUGGCAGCUAGCUAGCUGACGUUACUCCUCUGUAAGCUAGCAUCUCAUAUAACGCUAAUUUACACUGCAGUUAUUCCUGCUUUGGGGACAAGUAGCCAUUACAACAACAAAAGAGCCCGGAAAUAAAUGAGCUUGUACUUUACAGAGACAUUGACGGAUCACACUGGUAGUUAGCCGGUGAAUUACAACGGGCAUCAGCUGACGAUACCUCGCUAACAACAGUAAGCGGCUACUAGCUUCUUUUUCAACUGUCACCAGAAAACAGCAUCGUGUAUGAGAGGCUGUAAAUACUGGCACACCUGAGCCUAACUGUUGUGAGCAUCCUGCACUUGGUGGAUAUAUUUAUUUUUGAUCGUGUUGUCUGUUGACUAUAGUUUUGUCAAGACGGCGACCUUAACGAACUGCAAGCUUAUUGCAUACUGUCAGAGACCAACUACCCCCCGGACUCUCUCGAAAUGCAUCAUCCGGACCCUGCAGCAGACUCUGGCAGUGUUAGAAAGAUGGCGCACCCGGCUGUCUUUCACAGAAGGGGUAGCAACACAGGCAGCGGGAGCGGCUCCACGUUGUCCACGUUGUCCACGCCGGCAGAUCAGGUGGUCAAUAACAGCCACGUCCCUGCUGCUGAUGAUUAUCAACACUCCCUGUUGAUCCAGUGCCAACCUCCUGCUGGUUCAUCCUCCCCAGGUCCUCAUCACAUUCCACCCCACAGCCUGAAUUUGCUCGCCCAGCCCCAGGCGACACAGUCAACUGGAGCUCAAAUAAAAAAGAAGAGUGGUUUUCAGAUCACAAGUGUGACUCCAGCCCAAAUAUCUGUGAGUACCAACAAUAGUAUUGCAGAGGAUACAGAAAGCUAUGAUGACCUGGAUGAGUCCCACACAGAGGAUCUCUCUUCCUCUGAAAUCCUGGAUGUUUCCCUGUCCAGGGCUAAUGAUGUAGUAGGUGCAGAGAGAAGCUCUUCAGAAGAGACGCUGAAUAAUUUCCAUGAAGCAGAGACUCCUGGAGCUGUCUCCCCUAACCAGCCUUCACAACCUCAUGCCCUGAGCCAGGCUCAACAUCAAGGUGGGGGCAUGGUCAAUGGGACUGUGCAUCACCACCAUCAACAUCCUCAUCAUCCUAAUCAUGCUCAUGUCUAUUCGCUGUCUUCUGGACCUGGGAGCACCCCAUCUGGAGCUUUACCUUGUGUCGCCCAGAAAAUGCCUUCUAACAUGGGGGUCCCUCAAGAGAAUGUUACACAGGCUGCCCCUCCAAGUAUUGUUGCCCAGUCUGUGGCCCCAGGAUCUGUCCCUGGAAUGCACAACUCUGCUACAGGCACUACAGUUAGCAUAGUUAAUCCCCAGACCAGCAGUGUUAGUAAUGUGAAUAUGGUGAGCUCUGCCAACGUGCCUGUGAAAGGGGGGAUCAGCAUGAGUGCUAGCAGUAGUAGUGCUGCCUUUCCUCUCAAUGUGAUAAGCAGCAGCGGGGGAAGUGGAAGUGGUGCUGUUGCAGCUGGGGGUAACCUUAUUACCACUAAUGUCAAUGUUAUCCAGCAACAGCAAAACAUCAACUCCAACAUCUCCAUGACAACCACAACAACUGCUGUUGUUGCUGCUGCCAGUGCCUCUGGAGGUUUUGGUCACUCCAGUGGGAUCCAAGGUAGAGUUGGAUCUACUGUACUGCAAGCUGUGAGUGCUCCCAUCACAGCUGUGGCCACGCCCCCUUUACAAUCUACUCCUGCCCAACCUGCCCCACCUACAACCCCUGCAGUGGCGACGACCAGUUCUCGCUUCAGGGUGGUGAAGCUGGACUCCAGCUCAGAGCCCUUUAAGAAGGGCAGAUGGACUUGCACUGAAUUCUAUGACAAGGAGACCCCACCCUCUGCUCCCAGCUCCACUACAUCUGAUACUGGGUCUCUCAGCAUGCGCCAGUUUGUCUCUGAGAGCUUUACUGGGGCCGCUGAGAGGGAAAGCACAAGUGGUAGUUCUGUGAGUAGCACCAUGAGUACAUUGAGCCAUUAUACUGAGAGUGUGUGCAGUGGAGAAGCUGGGGUACCCCAAAAUUCCCAGGAUUUUGUCUCACCUCCCCAGGGUUUUCAAGGAAUCCUACCAAGUGGCUUAAGUAUUGGAGUGUCCCAACCUCACAUGCACCCCCAGGAUAUUACUCAUUCACAUGUUAAGACUACUGCUGCCCCCUCAGCUCCCUCAAACAUUAAUCACCCUGCAGCUAUGCCAGGCCACCAGAAUACACUUGGGCUCUCUGCGUCUGCUGCGCACCAGCAGCAGCUCACCUAUGCCCAGGCAGUUGCAAAUCAGUCUGCAGGCUCCCCGCACAGCUUAAUAGGUGUUCAGCAGCAGAAGAUGGGCUAUGCCUCCAUGCCACAGCAACCAGCUGCUACCAUCCAAACAGCCCCGGUGCAAGUGAGGCCAUCUGAGUACUCCCAGGUUCACCAAGGUAUCCCCCAGGCUGCCGGUCCUCAUUCUUUGUCCAACCAGGCUGGAUCAGCUCCCUCUGGCCCAGCCAAUGGAGCAUGUCAGAUGAUUGGGUCCCUGCAACAAUCACAGUCACUCCUUCACCCACAGCCCCAGCAGCCCUCCUCCCAUCAGGCCACCAACUCCACAAUGCCAUCUCCAAUUGGAGUACCUGGUCUCGCCCAACAGCCUCAGAGCCACCCCAGCCACCUAGAUUGCCAGCAGCAGAAGCUGCAGUCACUCCCAACACAAAACCAAAACCUGGGCCUGGGCACUCAGCUGCCUACAACGGUCCACCAGAGCCAAGUGUCUGCAUCAAGUGUUCUCCCCCCCAACCCUCAGAAUGAUCCCCACAACACUGGAAAUGGCAGCAGGAUGCCCACACAGGGUGUUCCUCACAGUCAGCCAUCUUUUGUCAGCUUGUCCCAGGACCACAACAGUGCCCAGGCCCUGGCUCAUGCUGCACAGGCUAGUGCCCUCUAUGCUAGUCUGCCCACCUUCACCACAACUCAACUGCAGGAUGCUCAGCGGUUGCUCCUCCAGCACCAGUCAGCUCUGUUGGGGCUGCCCAAGCUGUCUGGAGGGGAAAGUGGGUCUGGAUCCAUCACUGGGCAGAGUCAAGAAUUGGAGGGCAAUGCCGCUUCUGUCAGUGCCUUAACUGCAUCGGCUGGUCUCAAGGCUGUUGACGGAGAGGAGGAUGGUUCGUCGGGAGCCAGCGUUGUGGCCAUAGACAAUAAGAUUGAGCAAGCAAUGGACCUGGUGAAGAGUCACCUGAUGUACGCUGUGCGUGAGGAGGUGGAGGUCCUUAAAGAGCAGAUCAAAGAGCUCAUUGAACGUAACUCCCAGCUGGAGCAGGAGAACACCUUGUUGAAGACACUUGCCAGUCCAGAGCAGAUGGCCCAGUUCCAGGCCCAGGUUCAGACUGGCUCCCCGCCUGCCCCUUCAACAGCGGCCACACCGGGACCAACAAGCUCGGCCACGCUCGCCCAGCCCACCCUUCACAGCUCUGGACCCUCGGCGUAGCCUGGCCUGCGCUUAUAGACUGGCUGACUGUUUUUUUGUUCUGCUAUUGCAGCAGAGCUCAACUUGCCUUCUUCAGCAGGAUGCUACGCUGUUAAGACAAGAAUUUUGCACAUAUUUAUCUCUCAGAAGGUUGCAGCUAGCGGACAAGUGGUGAGGUGGUCCACAGCACUGUGGAGGGUGACAAUCUGGCAAUGCUGUAUGGGUGGUUUGUUUAGGAGGGGGACUGAAUUAUCGUACAUUUGCCAAAUAACCCUUGGACAUAUCAACUAGAAUGUCUUACCAAGAAGAAACAAACAGCUCAUCAGUGGCGACGAUAUACUUUAAUAAAGAUAAAAAAAAUCAC